UUGGCCCUGAGAACCUUCAUAUUGGUGGACUUCAGAUGAACACUCAGUGCAUGUGUCUGUGCUCUGUGUUUAUGUUAAUGAGGCGAGUAUGGCGUAGCGCUCCGCUGCACAGCCCGCUGACCUUUGGUCUAACCCGUCCUGUUAAAAAUGAAGAGGACCGGGCCAGCUGCCACUUUGUGCUCAUCACCGCCGCUGCCAUGACCUCGUUUGACGACAUCUUGGAGGAAGCCGGGAAGUUCGGCCGCAGCCAGAGGCGCAUUUUCGCCCUGCUGUGCUUCGUGUCCAUGCCCUGGGCCGGCGUGUACGUGGGCAUCGUCUUCCAGGGUUUCACCCCAGACCAUUGGUGCCGUGACGACGCCGUCCAGCAAUGGAGGCAAACGUGCGGUCGGAGCUUGGCCGAUGGCCGAAGUGUGAUUGCGCCGCUGGUCAACGUGUCCGGCGUGCUGCAGCACAGCAGCUGCGAGCAGUACGACGUGGACUGGAACGCCACGCUCACCUGCGACGCUCAAAAGAUGGACCUGGGCAGCACACCCACAACGCCCUGCAAGAGCGGCUGGGAGUACGACUAUGAGGGGAGGCGGUCCUUCGUCACGGAGUUUGGCCUGGUGUGCUCUGACGCUUGGUUGGUGGACAUGUUCCAGGCCAUGCUCAACAUCGGCUUCCUGCUGGGCAGCAUAACCAUCGGUUACCUGGCCGACAGGUUUGGCAGGAGGUUAAGCUUCCUGAUGUCCAACGUGUUCAACGGGAUCGCGGGGAUCCUGGUGGCUGUGGCGCCCAACUACGUGUCCAUGUUGAUCUUCAGGAUGCUGUACGGCUUUGGCGUGAAGGGAGGCUGGAUGGCGGGAUACGUGCUGAUCACAGAGAUCGUGGGUGUGGAGUACAGGCGCACAGUGGGCGUGGUUUACCAGAUGUUCUUCAGUGUAGGUCUCCUGGUGCUCCCCCUGCUGGCCUACUUCAUCACUGACUGGCGAUGGCUGCAGGUCGUCAUCACUGUGCCCUACAUCCUGUUCAUCAGCUACUACUGGUUCAUUCCGGAGUCUCCAAGAUGGCUGCUGUCCCAGAACAGGAGGUCCCAAGCUGUGGCAAUCACUGAGGCCAUGGCCAAGGAGAACAAGAGGACUUUGUCCAAGAACAUUGAGACUUUAACUGAUGAAAACGCUGAUCCUUCUGCCACCGCCUCCUUCAUGGACUUGAUCAGAACGCCCAAAAUGAGGAAGCACACCUUCAUCCUCAGCUUUAACUGGUUUACCAGUGCAGUGGUCUACCAGGGUCUGAUUAUGCGACUGGGCAUUAUGGGAGGAAAUGUCUACAUCAGCUUCCUCAUCUCCGCUCUCAUGGAGUUUCCCGCCGCUUUGCUCAUCCUCUUCACCAUCGAGCGUGUUGGCCGCCGCUUGCCCUUUGCCGCCGCCAACGUAGUGGCCGGAGCCGCUUGCUUAAUCACUGCUUUCCUUCCAGACAGUGUGCCCUGGUUGAAGACGGCAGUGGCUUGCGUGGGCCGACUGGGCAUCACCAUGACGUUUGAGAUGGUCGUCUUUGUCAACACGGAACUCUACCCGACGUUCGUCAGGAACCUGGGUGUGUCCGUGUGCUCCACACUGUGCGACAUCGGCGGCAUCGCUGCUCCUUUCCUCCUCUACCGGCUGGCCACCAUCUGGCUGGAACUACCCCUCAUAAUUUUUGGCAUUCUGGCUUUUCUGGCCGGCGCGUUGGUCUUGCUGCUCCCGGAAACACGAGGUGUCCCGCUGCCCGACACCAUCAAUGACAUUGAGUUCCCUGACAAGGUGAAGCUAAAAGCCAUGCAGAAGAACCAGCAGUUGACCACGCUCCUUCCCCCCGACGCCAACAUUUCAAGUAACCAAAACCCAGCAAGCGUUUGAAAUCCUCCAAGUAUUUAUUCACGUUCUGUCACUUCCAUCCAUGCUUUUGAUGGCCUCCACACUAAGUCUAAUUGAUUAAAAUCUUGUUUUUAUUGCAAUUAGUGACCACCAAUAGUUGAAUAAAGAGUGUUCUAUUUGGGCUUGUGGACAGUCAUGAUUGAACAAAUAACUCCGCUUACUUUCAAGGCAAAUUCAACUAGGUCCUCCCUUUAACAUCAGUUUAAUUGGCUCUGAUGGUUCGCUCAAUCCAGUCCACAAACUUUGACACUCGAGCAUAGACGCCAGGCUUCAUUGCAUUGGCACAGCCCAAACCCCAGGACGUGACGCCCUGCAAGAUAAACUUGUUGUUGGAUUUACACACCAGAGGACCACCGCUGUCACCCUGCAGGGACACAAUAGGACAGGAUGAGUACUAUCGACUGUUACUACCCAUCAAGUACAUUGAGAGGGGUAUGAGACCUGGCAGCUGUCUGUGCCUCCAGCAAUGUUUCCGGCACACAUCUCGUGGUCUUUCACUCUGCCGUUAAGGUACGACGGACGAUUGCAGACUUUGUUCUCGAUGACAGGGAAGCCCGUCUCCUUGAGAAUGCCUUCUCCUCCCGUACCUGAGACACAGGACAACAGUCACUACUCCCUACCCUCACUGCUAAAAGGGUCGCGGGGGUGCUGGAGCCUGUCUCAGCUGCAUUCGGGCGGAAGGCGGUGUACACCCUGGACAAGUCACCACCUCAUCGCAGGGCCAACACAGAUAGACAGACAACAUUCACACACACAUUCACACACUAGUGAACUUUUAAUGCUUACU